AUUAACAACAGUGGAUUUUGGGGAUGAUUUGAUUUACGUUCAUGGGUUGGUGAUUGCGUGUCAAAUUUGACGUGAACGUAAAAAAUAUUGGAUUGAAAAAAUGAAAUAUUAAACUAAAAUUAAUCGUAUAUGAGCAUAUAUCUGGACCUUUUUGAGCCGUAUUGAACGUUUUUGCAUUGAAGUAUUCAUUGACUCAUUAAAUGCCAUUAAAAAAUGUGAUGAACAGAUACUCCCAGGAUAUUAAGGCCAUUGUCUGAAUAUUAAGCAGAUCAAACAAGAAAGCUAAAUUCACAUUGUGAUUAGGGAGUUCAGGAGAUUUUUGCUCAGACUGACGUGCAUGCAAUAUUUUCAUCGAAAACUAAUUAUAUUUAGAAAAAUCGUCUUUUGAAGGAACUACAAAAGUUAAUCUAUAAAAAAUGUCAACAUCUGGAGAUUUCGGCAAUCCUCUUAGGAAGUUUAAAUUAGUAUUUCUAGGAGAACAAAGCGUAGGCAAAACGUCUCUAAUAACCAGAUUCAUGUAUGACAGCUUCGAUAAUACUUACCAAGCAACUAUAGGUAUUGAUUUUUUAUCGAAGACAAUGUAUCUUGAAGACAGAACGGUUAGAUUGCAGCUCUGGGAUACUGCAGGACAGGAACGUUUCAGGUCCCUCAUACCUUCUUACAUUCGGGACUCCACUGUUGCUGUGGUAGUCUAUGAUAUCACUAAUGCCAAUUCCUUUCACCAGACAUCCAAGUGGAUUGAUGACGUGAGAACUGAGAGAGGCAGCGAUGUGAUAAUAAUGCUGGUUGGAAACAAAACUGACUUGUCCGAUAAACGACAAGUUAGUACGGAAGAAGGUGAGAGGAAAGCUAAAGAACUGAAUGUAAUGUUUAUUGAAACUAGCGCGAAAGCUGGAUAUAAUGUGAAGCAGCUAUUCAGAAGAGUUGCGGCCGCUUUGCCUGGUAUGGAUUCUACAGAAAAUAAACCACCAGAAGAUAUGCAAGAAGUCGUCUUGAAAGACACACCGAAUGAGCUCAAAGAUCCAGAUGGAGGCUGUGCGUGUUGAUCAAAUUAUACAAUGUUAUCUGUUUCUGUGCUUGAUCAGCAUAGAUACCGACUUCGUAAAGGUACUGGCUUGAUUUAUUGAAGAAUGGAACUCUGUAGCUCUUGAACUGUUAUCUCCCUUUUUGUUAAUUUUGCUUUGUUGUAACUCAUUCUAUUUGGAUUUCAGUUUAGAGAAUGAGACAUCCAUAAUUUAGAGAUGGUAUCUAGGUAGGGUUUUCUACUGUGACAAUAAUAACAUAGACUAGCCUCACAUUUGAAAUAAUACUUGAUUCUAAUAGUCAAAUAUUGGAUAAUAUAAUUUAACGCUAAUUCUGAAAGAAUAUGUCCAUUCUUGGAAACUGAUAGUAGAACAUAAUCAAUUUUUUAGGUGAUGUUCAUCAAAUAAAAAGUUUUGAGCUAUAGAAUGUUUCAUAAUCUGCUUUUCUGUUUUUCAAACAAUUUAAAAAUUGUGAAAUGCAUAUUACCGAUCUCAAUUGAUUUCAAAACGUAAUUUAUAUUUCUUUUGCCAUCUUGCAUUUGUUCUUGGUUUAUAUGAGGUAAGAUAUAUUUUUAUUUCAUGUCGAGUGAAUUCAAUACUCGCUUUGAUAUUAUUCAUGAAUUAGUGAAUCUUUCCAAAAAAUGUAUUCUCCAUAUAAUUUUAAAAAUAUUCCAGCUAUGCAAUUUUAAUUACCUUUUCACUUCUAGACCUAAGGUGUAAAAUUAUUCAUUUUUGAGUUUAAUUUUUCUAAUUCGUUUUGAAAAUAAUGAAACUUUAAAAAUCAACAAUAUAUUUAUGCAUUUUGCAUUUUUUGAUAAUGAACUGUGGGUAUGAUAUAACCAAUAUUUGAAAGUCGGCAUCUAUGUUUCAUUAUUUUCUAGAUUAUUUAAAUAACUUUUUGCCUCUACAAGUUAUGUAAAUUAUAUAAUUUCGUAUUAAUAGUUCUAUAAGUCUAUAUAAUUUUUAUCUUCUAAUUUUUUUGCGUUAUAUGAAUCAGAACCGCUUACUGAAGGUGUUAAGAAAAAAAUGUGUACACUAUCAACUUGAGUAUUGUGCAGGAAAAGACCUUUUUUAUGUUUAACCUAAACUUAGAUUAAUCAUUCUAAUAAAAUAUAGAUUUUGUUAACAGCUUUCAGAAAUGUAUUAUAUAUAAUCCUGAAAGUUGGCAGCAUUGAUGUUUGUUGUUUGCAAUUUUUAUCAGGCUUCACAAGACUUAACAGCAGUCCGUAUAUUGGGAGUUUAUAUUAUCAUAAAAAAAAUUGUUUUUUCAUAUACCUUUUGAAAAAUAAUAUUUUCAGAGUGACUGUGAUAAUCCCAUUAUUGAAAAUUUUUUGAAUUAAAAUCAAUAACUGAACACAAAUCACCAAGUGAUGUGCAAUUUUCAUUUUCAGAGAAAGUAUCUUUUCCUUCACAAGAAUUUCACUGCUUGUGUAGUGCAAAAGAAAGAUUACCAAAAUACUGUAUGCUUAAUAUAGGCCAAUAUUAUUGUGCUUGAUCAUCUAUGUUGACACAAUGGUGUUUUAUAAAGCAAUAUUUUUUUAGUUGGUGGCAUACAGGUUUGUGAAAUAUUAACAUUGCAGGAAUUAUAAGCUGUCUUCUCUUUAGUAUUUAAACAUUUCAAAUGAUUGAGUUUACUACUACUUGUAUUAAACGCUAGAGUUGUUUCAAUAAUUCCUAAUAUAUUAAACACUAAACAGGUGAAAUCACUUAUUUUUAUUCAAUUCUAAAUAUAUUAUUUUUUGAGAUUCAUACAUUUUUUCCAGAACAGAUGAUCGGAUUUAUCACUUAUGACUAAACUUACUGAAAGAAAACAAAUAAAAAAUUUAGUAAAGAUACAAAUCAGUUGGAAAUUGGGAAUGCAAUAUAAAAAAGUUUUGAUAUAUCAAAAUAAUCAUAUUGAAUUAUUAAAAAAUAUAUCAAAAACUUCCUGGAAUAUGAACAAUGAUAACUAUAAAAUAGAAACAGUAUUACACAACAAAUCUACAUUCACCACAAAUCUACAUUUAGUAGUACUUAAAGUACAUAUUUCAAUUACACUCAAACAAUUGGCAUUGGAGUUCCUGCUGAAUGUGAUGUAUGAACAAAAAAACUUUACCACCACUUUUAUUUUACCAAAGAUGAAGGUAACCUAGUCAUUGUACCCACCUUGUAAAACAAUCGUUAAGCGGGAAGACGCCGACUGGAGAGCAAAUGCAAUGAGCUCUACAUGAGAGUGGUCCAUUGCUGUUCCCAACUUGGACUCCGAGUACUAUUAAAUGAACUCUAGACUAGACAGACUAGUUUAAAUGUAUGAUCACUCCACAACAAAAGUCAUUCUAGGGGAUUUGAGUUGGAGUAUACAUAUUGUUUUUCGACAAGGAGAUAAUUUCAGAUCUGGAAGGCCUGUCGGCUGAGUUCACAGUUGGAUUUGAAUGAAGAAAGUGGUGAAUUCAAAAGAACAGGUAAAGGAUGUUGGCUGCGAAGUUUUACAGUAUCCAUUCUGUCUGAAACAGGAUACUAUCUGACUGGGUUGAUGAGGCAGGUUCUUGACCUCAUGUUUGAACAAUUUUUCCCAGUUUUUGGAAUUCAUAUAUUUUUUCUAGAACUAUCGAUCAGGCUUAUUACUAAUGUCCAAACCUACUCAAGAAAAACACAAAAAUUCAGUAAAGAUACAAAUCAAUUCAAAAAUCUAGAAUAUGAACAGUAAUAACAUUUAUUUACUAAACUUUGCUUCAACAAUUAGUUCUGUUCAAAAAUUUUGGAGUAUAAUUAGCGAAUUAAUGGAGAUAUGAUCUCAACCAUGUGUUUUUGGCUUCUUGUAUAUGAUAUUUUCAUUCCAUUUACUGAAGACUAAAGCAAUUUACAAGAGUCCAACUUGUUCUUUUCAAAUUGAUUUUACCUCCCUAAUUAGAAAAAAAAUAAUUUCGUAAUGUUAAUUACCGAUUCCGAAAAUGCCAUGAUUAUAAUUUAAUUUUUUAAUUGAUGAAGAAACACUGGCAGAUCUUUUAAAAGGGUAUGGUAGUAACAAAAUGGCGAGAGCUUCUUUUUGUUGCUUGAUGUAAUCAGGUGCAAAAUUUCAAAAUUAUGAAAGUUAUCAUUUGCCUUUAUAACGACAAGCUUGUUAUUUAUAUCAUUACUGAAAACUACGCUAGUCAUUUUGCACCUGAAUGUGUGUAUGUGGUCAUUAAGAUUCUGGAAAUGGGCUUACAAAAUUGACCUGCGAAUUGUGUGGUGAAGUAACUCUUGUUUUAUAUCAGACCUGCAAAUCUGGAUAAGGAGCACCACUGUCUUGAUACAUAUUUUCAACAGUUCACUGGGUUGAAAAAUAAACAUUUGUUUAUUGAACUUUUUUUUACUUGUGAUAAUUUUACAGUAUUCUAAACACUAAAAAAAUUGUAUUGCGGCAAAUUAUAUAUUGUAUGAUUGAACUUUGAAAUUCAUUAUUUAUUUGCCUGGAGUAGACUGAAAAACAGUUACAGGUCUUUGUCACUCAGGUCACUUGGUAUAUUGGUACGUCAUGAACAUGUUUCUUUUAUGACUACAGAUGCACAAGGGACACUCUCGCACUAACUGAAUAUGUGACUUAAAUGUUAACGAAAAUAAAAUUUAUAAAAAUA